ACUCCGACCGACCACCGCCAUCUUUUCCAGCUCGGCUCACAUUCCUCUGUUCUUCCACCGCUCUUUAAAACCCCCAUGGCUAUGGUAUCAACCCAUUGCUUUUGAAGCAAGAAAAAUGCAGCCCAAAAGGCAACCCAUCUCCAAAAAGCUCUUAAAUUUCCUCAAAGUUUCUAUCUUUCUUGCUAAAAUGAAAAAACCCAUCUUCCCAAAGCUCCUUUUCCUCAAGAAAUCGUCGCCGGCCGAGAAAUUUGAGCUUCUCCAGUUCCAAUUCUCGCCCUCCACCACUCCUCUGUUUCGUUGUUACAGAGGUCGCCGCCGUCGCCUCCGCCGUGGUGGUGUCUAUUCGGUGCUGUUUCCAUGUAGAUGCAUUGACAGUUUUGGAGGUGAAAAUGAUGGAGAGGUGGGUUUUCCGGCCAUUGAGGGGCGGGGUUCUGAGGCGUUGGAUUGGAGUGAAUUGAGCGAUGAAGAGGAGUCGAUUGAUCGGAGGGCUGAAUUGUUCAUUCAGAAGUUCUAUGCCGAUAUGGAAAUGGAGAGGCUUGCAGCCAUUUGAAUCUUGGAUUCGUUUGUUUUGUUGUGUUUUAUUUUGUUAUGUGUUCAAUCCACUGAAGUUUUAGAGAGGGUGGAGAUUGGUUUUCAAGUAAUGUUUCGUUCUCCUCUCCAACAAAUGUGAGAUCUCACAAUCCACCCAUUUAGAGGCUAACGUCUUGCUGUCAUAUUGCCUUGUGUUUGACUCUAAUACUAUUUGU